UUCACACAAAACAAAGUACCAACCAUAACACUUUGUAACUACCUAAAGCUAAAAGCACUUAGAAAUGGCUUCAAGGGCUUUAGCAACAACAGCUUUUCUCCUUACCUUGAACCUACUAUUCUUCACUUUAGUAACAUCCACCAAAACCCCGAAAGCCUGCCCACCGCCACCACCGCCACCAUGCCCACCCUCAUCAACGCCCUCUACACCUUCGAGCCCUCCCAAAGCCACUUGUCCAAAAGACACUCUCAAGUUGGGUGUAUGUGCUAACUUACUCAAUGACCUUGUCCACCUAGUCGUCGGAACCCCGCCAAAGACACCAUGCUGCACUCUCAUAGAGGGUCUUGUGGACCUUGAGGCUGCUGUUUGCCUUUGCACUGCCAUCAAAGCUAAUGUGUUGGGAAUCAACCUUAAUGUGCCGGUCUCAUUGAGCCUGUUGCUUAACUACUGUGGAAAGAAGGUUCCCACCGGCUUCCAAUGUGCUUAGAUUAUCUGUUUGGGUUGUGAAAGGCUAAAACUUUAAAUGGGUGUGCUUUGAAUAUGUAUUUUAUUUGAUUAUGAUUAAGACUUGUAAAGAGUCAUGGCGACAUGAUUCAAGUUCGAGUAAAUUUAUGUCAUUGUAUUAUGUAUCAUGAUAUUCCUGGUGUCUAAUAAAUGCUACAAAUUUGCAAGGGUG